CGGCUGUAUUGCCUCCGUAUACUCUAUGGGCGGACAGGGCCAUUAAUUAAAAUGAUUUUUUUCUGCCAUAUUUAUUCAUUUCGUGCAAAAACGUGUUGAAUGAGUCUAAUUUCAUGAAAUCCGGAACUGGUUGUGCUACUGAAUAAUUUUUUAUGUGCAUGUAAAAGUUUAAACUUUAUCAUCGAUUACAUUACAUCAAAAUGCCACUAAUAAUGAUAACUGGCAUACCAUGCAGUGGCAAAACCACGAGGAGCCUCGAGCUCAAGAGUUACUUCGAGGAGAAGUUGAAGAAUAGUGGGCAAAACGUGGAGAUAAUCAGCGAGAGCAACGCAAUAAUCCAAACGGGUUACAAUAAAAAUGUAUAUUUUGCGGAUUCGAAAAAGGAGAAAGCUAUUAGGAGUUCAAUCAAAUCAGACAUUCAACGUAAACUAGAUUCAAAUGACUUAUUGAUAUUUGAUGGCAGCAAUUAUAUCAAGGGAUAUCGAUAUGAAAUCUAUUGCACGACCAAAUUGUAUGAAACCCCUCAGUGCACACUGUAUUGUAACUUGCCAAUCGAACAAGCUUUGCUAUGGAACAAUAAAAGACUUGAUUCAGAUCAAUACGACAGGGAAAUUUUUGAUUCACUUAUAACCAGAUACGAAAUACCAGAGACUACAAACCGAUGGGAUUGUCCACUUUUCACAAUCAUGCCCGGAGACAUUCUAAUGUGUGACGAGAUUUAUUGCUAUCUCUACAAAGGAAAAUUACCAAAACCAAAUUUGAGUACCCAAAUUUCACCAUUAGCCUCCACAAAUUACCUAUACGAAUUGGAUAAUAUAACGAAAGAUGCGACAAACGUGAUACUGUCAAUGCAACAACUGGGAAUAAACUACGAUAUAAAAAUACCAGGUUCUAGUGUGAAUUUAAAACGCACAACCGUACCAUCGAAACUUGCAAUAUUAAGAAGACAAUUUAUAACUUUUAGUAAAAUGCAACAAAAUGAAGUUGAUCAAAUUACCACGUUAUUUGUACAAUAUCUCAAUAACAAUAUACGGUACUUCCGACAAUUAGAAAAAAGUUAAAAGGAUUAAAGUGUACACAUUAAUAUGUGUCUGGAUAGUGGAGUGCCGAGAACGAUCCAAAAUUUCGAAAUUGAUAUAUUUUUUAUCAUUUCUUAGUGUAACAUGGCGUCUCAACUGUCAAGUCGUGACAUUUGCUUGAUAUGAAAGCUUUGCAACCUGUACGUACGAAAUAGUGAUACCCAAACAAGUAGUUAUUUUACACGAACAAACGAGUCGAGUUCUUAGAAUUAGACUUAGACGCUUUAUCGCAAUGAAUUUCUUAUACGAAAAUUGACAUGUGUAUCAUAGGUUGUGUGACUGCGUAUAUCAUAGGUUGUGAGAUAUUGCUGUGGUAGUAUAAAGACAUGUCGGUGUGCUGUAGGGAACUACGUUCUCAAUACCUCACUAGCGCAGCGAGUGUAAAAAGCCUAAGGAUUUUGUAGGUUGCGAGUUGCCUACAAGCAGCGUCAGAGAAAAAUAAGAAGUCAGAGAGAUUAUGGCGCUCAUUCUGUACGGUAUUCAUACAUAUUCCAGUAAUAAAAUUCAUCGUUAUUAGUUA